AUGACUCGGUGGAACCAAUUCUACCCGCCGUACGCUGCAAAGACGUCUUCCAUUUUGUCGGUUGCAAAGGCUCAGGACAAUUCCAAGGCAGAUGCAAUUGCUGGUGACUCGAGAGAUCCGGCAGAAAUAUUCCACCAACAGGCUUCAUGGAGCAUUCGAGUCAAGGGAGGUUCGCGCAUUGAUUGGGCCACCCCUGGUAGGUGA